UCGCAAUUUGGUCGACCAACAUGACCUGGUCCUUAUGAUCCUGAAAGAACUUCUAUAUAAAAAAAAUUAGAAUUUAGCCUUUUUCUUACCAUGCCACCAAAUGCUUUUAAGCCAUUAUUAGUUCAUUGGUGUGUUUUUUGGUAUUUUGAACUAAUCAGUCGGCGGCCAUUUUGAAUUUUCUCUACUAAUGUAUAUGAGCUGAUAACUUAGUAGUAGAGUAGGCAAUCAGAGCGCGCGAUUGCUCAUAUUCAGCGAUUACUCAUAUUCAUAUUCAUAUUUAGCCCGACUUAAUAUAUUGUACAAUGUUAAGUGACGCGAGACCGUCGACUGAAGACGACAUUCCUGUGAAAACUUUGUGAGUAGAGUGUAUUUGAUUAUAAAAUCAAAUAAAUUUGUGAAAUUCUGAAAAGAGUAUGCUUUUUAGUAUGGAAUCGUUGGCUAUAGUUUUGGUUUCUAUAUUGCUUUUUCGUUCCUCAGAUGCUGGAUCAUUCACUUGGCUACAUUCGGAUGAUACAGUGAAUGUUGUGGAAGGUGACACGGCAAAGCUCAACUGGAGUGUUCGUAUUAGUGCUGGUAAGACAUGGGUAGCCGUCAAGAUCUCAAGGGGCCUUAAAGAUGGUGCUGGUCCAGGAGACGUCGACAUGAUAUGAAGAAAGCCGUCUGGUGUAAAGAUACUGCUACCCGAACGAGGUGCUGACAUGGACUUAGAUGUUCAAACAAAUUUGAACGUUCUCAAUAUUACUUUCUCGCUUCGUAAUCUAUCAAGGAAAACUGACGAGAUGUAUUACAGAAUAACUGUGUACGACGAUUACUUUGACAGUUCUUGGAGAACCACGAAGUUGAACGUUUAUGUUCAUUCAUCGUGUACCAUACAUCCUAAUACAACAACAGUUAAGGAAACAGACAACGUGUCAUUAAACGUCACCACCACAGGAAACCCACCUGUUUAUGAGUACAUCUGGACUCAUCCUAAUGGAAGUAGACUGACCGCCAAUAGCACACUGACAUUUACUGCCUCAAGACAAGAUACUGGAACAUUCAAGGUGUCUGUGUAUAAUGGUGUUGGUAAUCGGGGUAUUUGCACAAGUAACGUCACUGUACAAUACAAGCCAGAAAACACAAACAUGAGCCAUUCUCCAAAUAAGACAAAAUUUUGUCUUGGAAAUCUCAUAACUAUUACUUGUACAUCUAAUGCAAACCCUCCUGUUGAAAAGUACUCUUUGUAUCGAAACGAGAAAUGGAUUCAGGAAAACGAUUUUGGUCUAUUCAAAGUGCUGCUGGACAAAACAGGGACAAACAGAUUUACCUGUAAACCUGAAAACCAGAUUGGAGUCGGGGAAAACAAAAGCUUAACUUCGAUCAACGUUACAGAACCAACGGCAAUCAGUAACUGUCAAAUAUUAGAUAACGGAAAGGAAAGGGCUUUUGCUGUUGAGGGAAGAAAUGUAAUUCUGAAGUGUAUUAUCUCCGGUAGUGAGCCGUUAAACAUAAUAUGGACUAAUGGACAGCAAGUGUGGUAUGACAACACUGUCACAUUUGAACCAGUCAACAGGAGUGAUACUGAUACUUAUAAUCUGACAGUGAGCAACGGAGAGGAAUGUAACAAUGCAGAAACGAGUUUCAAACUUGAUGUAUAUUAUGUUCCUGAGCGUACUAUCAUCAAAAUCUAUCCAAACAAGAUUGCAUUUUGUCGUGGAGAUCAGAUACACGUUAACUGUACAACAAGUGCAAAACCACAGGCUAAAUACUCGUUGUAUCAAAACGACGAACUCAUAGGCUCUAGUAAGAGUGGCCAUUUUUUUGUUGGUUUAAAUGUGCCAGGUAACGUCUCCUUUACGUGUGUACCGAGUAAUGAAGCUGGAUAUGGGGAAAAUAGGAGCGUUACACUGGAAGUGAAAGCAUCACCGGGAACCAGUCACUGUAAAAUGUUAGAAAACGGAAAGGAAAGGACUUUUGCAGUUGAAGGAAUAAAUAUAGAACUGAAGUGUAUUAUCUCUGGUAGUGAGCCCUUAAAGAAAACAUGGACUAAUGGACGGCAAGUGUGGAAUGACAACACUGUCACAUUUGAACCAGUCAACAGGAGAGAUACUGGUACUUAUAAUCUGACAGUGAGCAACGGAGAGCAAUGUAACAAAGCAGAAACGAGUUUCAAAUUUGAUGUAUAUUAUGUUCCAGAAUCUACAGCAAUGGAAAUCUAUCCAAGCAAGAUUACAUUUUGUCGUGCAGAUCAGAUCUACGUUAACUGUACAGCAAGUGCAAAACCACAGGCUAAAUACUCAUUGUAUCAAAACGACGAACUGAGCAGCAGUAGUAGGAGUGGCAUUUUUGUUGUCGAUUUAAAUACUUCAGGCAACAUCUCCUUUACGUGUGUACCGAGUAAUGAAGCUGGAUAUGGGGAAAAUAGCAGCGUUACACGGGAAGUGAAAGGCUUACAUCCUCCGGAACUGAUUGUAUCUAGUAAUAAAAGCUACAGUCAGUCCAAUCCACUGGUAUUGUUCAACCUUAGCAUCAACGCAUGUCCCAGUAACACAUCCCUGUCUUGUAAUCCUUCUGCACCGAAUAUAUUGACUACCAUCACCAGCCAUGAUGCAGGAUUAAAUGGAAAACAGUAUUUGGUGGUGGUUAUCAUCCAGAAUGAUGUGGACAGUGCAAACAUUGUAUGUAAAGCUGAAAAUAGCGUCGGUGUACGAGAAAGGACAUUGCAUUUUUAUAGACAAGCAAUACAUCCCAAAGAUAAUUCCCCGAUUCUAAUUGAAAAGCAGAACAAGACACUAUUUACA